UGCAGUUGUACAGUCUACUAAGAAUCUCUUUAUUUCUUAGCCUCGUGCAGUGCAGUCCACUCCAUCGAGAAUCUCUUUAAUUUUUUUAUUCUAGCAUCUGUUUGCGUUAAUUAAUUGCAUUCCCCCAAUACUCUGUCCCCCUGCUUCUCACAUGCCCCGAUCUGAUGCAGGCUACCUUUGUAAGAGGGAUCUGUGAGAAGAGUGGGAUCUGAUUAAUUCUUGAUUGAUUGAUGCUGCGAGAGUUGAAGGAGGAGGUGCAGAUCAAACCUCUCCUUGAGCAGCAGGUGGAGGUACCAUCUCCUCCUAAGCAUGAGGAAGAUGAGGAGCCCGAGGAAUUUCCUCAAGUGGACAACAUCGCCUUCUCUGAUCCAGGUCCUUCUACCAGAGAUGUUUCGAUCCGAGGCAGAGAGAUUGGGGCCCCAAUCAGUGCUUCGAUGGGUUCCAUGAGACCCCUUGUUGGAAAGCUGGAUAUGCUGCUGCAAGCUCCUCUUUUACGUCGAUGCUCCAACUCCAAGAGGUUCAAGAGGGUCGAGGACGGGAUAGGCCUCCUCAAAGAUGACGUUCAAAAGAUGGGCUCCUACCUUGAUCAGCUGUCAGAGGUGGAGGACCCUCCCGUGGCGGCCAAUUGCUGGAUGAAUGAGGCACGUAAUCUGUCUUACGACAUGGAGGAUUACAUUGACAGCUUAAUAUUUGUGGGGCCUGAGAAUCCAUCCCUUGUUCCCGACAACAUCAAGGCCACCAGGUCCGGCCUCAAAUUCAGUUUCUGCCUCAAAUUCUUGGGUCAUGCCAAGAGUCCCAAGACUCAGGUUGUUAGCAUUGCGGAAACGCUAUCAGAAUUCAGGAUGUAUGUCCUUGAGGCAAUUGAACGGCACCAGAGAUACAAUCUCCAUUCUUACAGCACGUUGAAGCGUAGGCUUGUGCCCGUUGGCCCUACGCUUCCAAUUCCAACACAGUAUGAUGAAGAAGCAUCGCACAUCGUGAUCGAUGGCUGGACGAGUAAGUUUAUCAACUCAUUGGUGGAUGACGUUGGCGAGGAUCAGCAGCUCAAGGUGGUAUCUAUUCUUGGACCUUCAUGUCUGGGUAAAACUACACUUGCCAACGUGUUGUACAGCAGAAUUGGGAAGCAAUAUCAUUGUCGUGCUUUCGUUCGGGUGUCGAAGAAACCCGAUAUGAAGAGGAUUUUCUGUGACAUUUUCUCGCAACUCCAGCUUCCGGACCACCCAUGGGAUUUUAAGGAGACCGACCUCAUUGAUAGUAUCAAGAAAUACCUACAAAACAAAAGGUAUCUGAUUAUUAUUGAUGAUUUGUGGGAAACAUCAGUAUGGGAUUUAAUUAAUCAAGCUUUUCCCAAGGGUAGUCAAGGCAGCAGAAUAGUAACAACUACACAGAUUGAAAACGUAGCAAUAGCUUGCUGUAGUUAUCAGUCGGAGCAUGUCUUUGAAAUGCAACCUCUGGAUGAUGAUCACUCAAAAAAGCUAUUUUUUAACAGACUCUUUGGCUCUGAAAGUGAUUGUCCUGAUGAACUGAAACAAGUUUGUGAUGAAAUUACUGAAAUAUGUGAUGGUUUGCCGCUGGCCACAAUCUGCAUAGCUAGUCUUCUACUAAGCCAGCCUGUCAUGUCAAAUGAUCUCUUCACAUACAUCCAUCAGUCUUUAAUCUCUUGUUUCUCUGCAGUGCCUACUUGUGAAAGAACUAGACAAGCACUGAAUCUGAGCUACAAUAAUCUUCCUCGUUAUUUGAAGACAUGCCUGCUCUACCUUAAUAUGUACCCAGAGGGCUACACAUUCUUAAAGGAUGAUUUGGUGAAGCAAUGGGUGGCCGAAGGUCUGAUUUAUGCAACAGAAGGGCAAGACAUCGAGAAAGUUGCAGAAAGCUAUCUCUAUCAACUCAUUGGAAGAAGCUUCAUCCAGCCGAUAUCUGUCAGCUACAACAAGGAGGUGUUGUCCUGUCAAGUGCAUGACAUGAUACAUGACCUUAUUGCGCACAAGUCUGCAGAAGAGAAUUUCAUCGUGGCAAUAGACUACAGAUGUCGAAAGAAUGUGUCACUUUCUCACAAAGUCCGUCGACUCUCGCUUGUCUUUGGGGACGCAAGGUAUGCCAAGACACCAACAAACAUCAGAAACUCGCAAGUUCGGUCAGUUCGAUUUUCUGGAUUGCUUGAGUCUAUGCCUUGUCUUACAGAAUUUAAACUUGUUCGUGUCCUAAACCUUCAACUAUCUGGUCAAGGCUGCCAUGAUGAUGAUAUAGCAGACCUCACUGGGAUUUCAGAAAUGUUUCAACUGAGAUAUUUGAAGAUUGCAUGUGAUGUCUGCAUCAAACUACCGAGCCAUGUGCUACAGUACCUGGGAACACUGGAUAUUACAGAUGCAAGACUUGCUCCUGUUCCAUGGGAUGUCAAUUUCCCACGCUUGCUGCACCUGCACCUGAGUCUUCCUGUCCAGAGAGAUCUCCUGGAUGGGAUAGACAGAAUAAGGUCCCCCAGUUUAAUGAGCAUUGGCAAGCUAAACAACCUGCAGGAGCUUCAUCUUACCAUUUCUUCACUGUCUACUUUCCAGCAUGUGGCGAAAAACAUAGAAGCUCUGGGUUCUUUACUCGGAGGUCAUGGCAACCUGAAAACUAUUGCAGUGGCUCAUGCCUCAUCGGUUAUAAAUACCGCAGCUUCAAAAUCAAACAUUUUAUGGGAUUGCAUGGAACCUCCCCCCCUUCUCCAGAGAUUUGAAUUCUCCCCGCACAGCAGCUGCAUUUUCUCACAGGUACCUCUGUGGGUUGGUAAACUUGGCAACCUAUGCAUUUUGAAGAUUGCAGUGAGGGAACUGAUGAUGAAUUCUGUCGAUAUUCUCAAAGGAUUGCCUGCCCUGACUGCUCUAUCGCUGUAUGUGCAAACGCCGCCUGAUGACAAUAUCAUCUUUGAUACGGCUGGGUUCUCGGUUCUCAAGUACUUCAAGUUUACAUUCAUGCGAGGUAUAGCUUGCAUAAAAUUUGAGGCGGAUGCAAUGCCUAAUCUCUGGAAGCUCAAGCUAGUUUUCAAUAUAAUCCCCCCAAUGGACCAACAACUUAUUCUCUGUUCAAACCAUCCCCAGUGGAAAACAUAUGGGCAUGGUACGGCAUUAAUCAGCAUCGAUUAUAUGCCAGGCCUUAGAGAGAUCUUCACAAAAUUUGGGGGUGCAGCUGCUGAUCUGGAGUAUGUCUCGAGGACUGGCGUAAUUAGUAAUCAUCCAAGCAAUCCUAUAAUUGACGUGCAAUUAGCGGAUUCUGGUUCCUAUGCUGAUGAAAGCACCGAGACCGAAAUAACAAGCACAAAUGAGAUUCUAGAAGAAAGACCAGAUGAGAUAAUUAAAUCUGGUUCUAGGAAUACUAGUCCAGGUCGGUGAUUAAGUCUUUGUAUUCAGGUGCUAUAAAUAAAUUGAUAAUCAAUAUGGCGGAGCAGAAAUUGUUGUCCUAGCUUUCGCUUGCAUAAAGGAAAUGGUAAGACCCAUGCAUAGAUCAGUUUGUGAAGUACACUAGUGGGGGGAAUAUCUUUUCUUGCAAGGCGUAUUGUCGUUAACCCGUCAGCUUCGGCAUUCUUGUAAUUCACAACUGUAUUUCGGGAAGAAAGUUUUUUCUCGAUGUUAUUACAAUACACAUAUUCCGCGUUGUGACUUAAUACACUAACUUAUUCCUGUGUU